AUGGAUAGUUCUGAAGUAAAGACUCUUUUCGAAAUGGAUUCGUAUGAAAAUGGAAAAAUAAAAAAUGAAGUAUUUAAAUCAUCAAUAGUUAUUGAAAAUUUUUCAACAGAAACAGAAUCGAAUGAAGUGUCCGUGGAGUCAAAAAAAAUACGGAAUGUCAUGAAAAACCAUCACUUUAGCAAACAACAUUGUGUUCAGUAUGGAAUUUCAUUGAUAGUAACACUGUCAGCAUUUGCAACUGGCAUGCAGUUUGGAUGGAUUGGACCAACGCUCCAUAAAUUGAUGUUAAACGAAACAAAUAUACAAAUAGAUAAUUCAAGUGGAAUAUCUUGGAUAGCUGGUAAUUUAAAGCUUGGUGGUAUAUUUGGACCAUUUUUAGGAUCAUUUUUAGCUGAUGCUUGUGGACGAAAAACUACUAUAUUAUUAGCUGCUUUUCCACUUUUAAUUGCAUGGUUUAUUAUAUGCAUUGCAAACAAAAUAUAUCAAUUAUGUAUAGCGGAAUUUAUAAGCGGAGUUGCCACGCAAACUAUAUUUACUAUUUUACCAAUUUAUAUUGGUGAAAUUGUAUCGCCAAAAAUACGAGGAACUUUAGCAAUGUUUAUUCCAUUACAAUUUUAUAUGGGUUUUUUAUUAGAAAAUAUUAUUGUACCAAAAAUAUCAGUAAUGUUCAAUUCAGUAAUUGCUAUCUUAGUAAUUUUACUGUUAUUAUGCUCUUUUUGUUGGAUGCCCGAAAGUCCUUAUUACUUUUUAAUGAAAAAUCAUUCAGAAAAAGCAGCGAGAUCUUUACGAGUGUUAACACAAACUGAUUACGUCGAAGCAAAAAUGGAAACAAUAAAAGACGCCAUAGACACUAAACGUGAAAUAAAAAUUGAUUUUCUCAAACUUUAUAAAGACCCAAUCAAUCUUUGCUCAUUUUGGAUUGUUCUGGGUGUUGCAUCUUUGCAUCAAUUUUGUGGGUUUGUAGUGGUAUUGCUGUAUGCUCAAGUAAUUUUAGAAUUAGCUGAUACACCAAUUGAUGCAAAUUUAGGUGGAAGUAUUCUAAGUGCAGUUGGAAUAUUAGUUUAUUUUGUAAGUAUUAUUUCUGUAGAUAAUUGGGGUCGUCGACCAUUAUUAAUUAUCUCGUCGAUUACUACAGCGGUUUCCUUAAUAAUGAUUGGAUUAUAUUUCCAUUUAAAGCGAUUCAAUUAUGAAAAUAUUAGCUCAUUUAGUAUUGUACCAGUAAUUGCAUUAAUUUUAUUUAAAAUAUCCUAUGGUUUGGGAAUCGGUCCAUUAUUUUUUGUUUAUUCAAGUGAAAUGUUUAACACACAUUUCAAGUCGUAUGCUAUGUGUUUGCUUUAUUCGUACAUGUCUUUAACUAAUUUUAUUAUUGUUAAGAUGUUUUACAUUAUCGCUGAAUUUUAUGGAGAAUUUUAUCCAUUUUAUUUCUUUGCUUUUUGUUCUUUAUGUGGAACACUUUUUAGAUUUUUUCAAUUAGAUUAG